AUGCGCGGUGACCCGCUGCCGAAAGCAUGUCUGCUCCGCCAUUCACAUUCCCCGCAACAGCCAACAGAUCGAAUUAUCGAACAAGAAGACAGCGGUGAUGAUGAAGAAGGCUCAUCCGGCUGGAGGUGGAAGCACAACAAGAAUAACUCGACCAUAUGUGUUGGACCAGAUGGGCGCACUAGUCAAGACUACCUCAUCGAUUGGAUACCCGAGAACUGGGCUGCUUAUUCCGACUCCAACGAUAAAGCCAAGCUUGCUGCUACGGUGAUCUACAAACGGCUCUCCGAGAAAAACAUCAAGAAUUUUAACAAGGCUAAGGCCUCUGGAGUCCAGGAUCGGAUUCAAAAGAUGAAGAAGGCGUUUGAUGAAGCGUUGGCCAUUCAGAAGCCCACUGGCGAAGGGGUCACCGAGGAUGAUCUGGCUAGAGGCAUCGAAACGUGGGAGGGUAGGUGCCGCAACCAAUAUAGUCAGGUGCUGACUUUGUCUAUAGCAAAGAUCAAAGAUAAAUGCCCUUUCUUCUUCACCCUCCUCCCUUCCUUGCUGGUCCAACACAUAUGGUCGAGUUCUUCUUGUUGUGCUUCCACCUCCAGCCGGAUGAGCCUUCUUCAUCAUCACCGCCUGUCUUCUUGUUCGAUUUGUUGGCUGUUGCAGGGAAUGUGGAUGGAGGAGCAGGCAUGGCGAUACGAGCAACCGGAGUUAUGGGGCUUCUGGAUGUAGAUUUGACGAAACUACGGAUGAACAAAAGUUGCAUAGGCUGCUGCUGCAGCUGCUGCUGCCGAGUCCGACUCAGCCUCUGAGUACCUUACAUAAGCAAACGGGAUCAAACGCGAGGUUGCCCGGCGGUAUCCGUUCGGCUCGUUCGUUAUCUAUCGCUUCUUGCAUAACC